AUGAAACUGUAUGUGGCACUAUGUCUUGCAUUUCUGCAAGUUUUUGGAACCACCGGGGAAAUGGUCAUAGAGAAUCGUAUGCCUUUAUUAAAAUCAAAACCUGACUGGCUUGGAGUAUGCCAAAUGUCCAAUCCAAACAAGGACGACUGUUUCAAAAAUCUUUUUGAAGGAAUGUUUCCAGCUUUGUCAAGAGGUAUUCCAGAAAUAGGUGUAGCAAGUUUCGAGCCUCUGCACAUCGACGGAGUCAUGGUGUCAAGGGGAUCAGGAGGUCUGGCCCUAUCAGGCGGCUUCCGUGACCUGCAGGUCGGCGGUCCCAGCAAUGCCACCGUACAAAGAGCAAGCAUUGACUUUGUUACGAGACAAAUGAACUUCGACCUAGCAAUUCCCAAAUUAAAAAUCGAUGCCAAGUACAGCCUAAAAGGCAACAUCCUGCUCCUUCCCGUGGUGGGCAAUGGUGAUGCCAGGUUGACUCUGCGAGAUGUCAUGACAAGUGUCAGCACAAAUUUCAGUUUGGUCGAGAGCGAACCUGGCAGACAGGUCCUCAACAUCGACACAAUGAAAGUUACUUUCAUUGUUGGAGGAAUGCGCAUACAUCUUACGAAUUUGUUCAAUGGAAACGAAAUUCUAGGUGCAAGUUUGAAUCUGUUCUUGAACCAAAACGCCAUGGAAGUUAUCUCAGAACUAAGAAGUGAUCUUGAAAGUGGUUUAGCCGAUAUUUUCAAAGCCUUAUGGAACAACGUUUUCUCAAGACUUCCUUUAGAUUUAUGGACAAUUCCUUGA